UUAUUAAUUUAUUUACUUACUGUAUAUAAAUGCUCUACUCAGAGUUUGACAAAAGUGACCGUUUCAAUCUUUACAGCGUUAAUGGACUAACAGAAAACAAACAAAAACAAACAAACAAAAAAAACAUGUCAAGAACUGCAGGACAGGAUUCAAGUUUGUGGGUAACAGGUAACAUCCUCAAAAACAGCUUUGGUCAGUCAAAACCCUCUGGAGGCACCUUUCGGUUCACUUAGGUUCUCUGGUGUUGGCAGAAGUAUGGCCUGCUGACAUUAAACACACCGUGCAGUGAGCAGUCUCACACACAGUUUUGUCAGGCUGUGGUGGCAGGAGAAGGGGCCUGGGGACUAGCUUGAGCUGCAUAGAGGGGCUUUGGUCCUCAUGACUCCAGAUCUGGAGAAGGACAAGCAUUCCUCUGAAUCUGUCAGACCAAGGGACCGAGAGCCAGUCGUCUAGAGGUGCUGCUCUGGCCUCUCUUCAGUUUCAGCAGUGCUGACCAGCUAGGUUAGUGAUUCAGCUCAGGUUCACGGUUAUGAUCAGCUGAGGCUUGGCUUGGGGAUCUAGGGCUACUUGACUCCUUUAAACGUAGUGCAGCGGUUCGGUUUGGGGGUGCUGUCCCGUCCAAGUUCCGGGUCCUAAUUGCCCCAGGCUCGGUUCAGCGUGUGGUCCCGUUGUAGUUCGAGUUCGGGCUGGGAGGUGUUACCAUACUGGAUCUCGGGGUACUUCCCAGCCCAGCUCUGUUCUGGGCGCUGCCUAGCCCUGCUGGGUUCUGGGCGGGGUGCUGUAUGCCUCAGGUUCGGGGCGGCGGAGGAAGCGAGGGCGCUGUCCGGGCGUAUUGAGGAAGUUCCCGGAGGAGGAAGAGGCCAGCGGGGCGGUGGGGAGAACCGGGAACCCGUGUGUGCAAGGCUGGAGGAGAAACAGGAGGAGGGAGAAGGAGGGGGUUGGAGGACGCGGCCACCUGGCCAGGUAGGAGCCAAUCCGCCUUGCCGCACCUUAGCACAGGGCCUCGGCCACCCACAGGCGACAGACCUUGGCUAAUCUAGGCUGGACCGCGGCUUCGCUCCAGCGGCUGCGGCUGAGCGGGGACCCGCCGGACUCCAGCGCGCGGGACUUGGACUCCGGCCUGCAAACGCGCGCGACCGGGGUGCAGGGGAGCGCGGUCUCCCACGGGGCCGAGCCCGGAGCUCCGCCUCUGGACGGCUGGCUGGUCGGCGAGCCGGGGACACUUCCACGGUGCGCGCCCCCGAAGCGAAGCAGCGUCCCCAAGCAUUUGAGAUCCGGGACUGCGGUCGUGCGCGCCCGCGAGUCGCUGCAGAGUCCCAGCGCCUCUGAAAUGCGGUACUUCUCCACAUACCUCCCAGAGCUCUGAAGGGGUGCAGACAUGGCGGGCAAUGCUGUGGACAAUGCCAACCACCUGACCUACUUUUUUGGCAACAUCACCCGGGAAGAGGCCGAAGACUACCUGGUCCAGGGAGGCAUGACCGAUGGGCUCUACCUGCUACGCCAGAGCCGCAAUUACCUGGGUGGUUUUGCUUUGUCGGUGGCACACAACAGGAAGGCACACCACUACACUAUCGAGAGAGAACUUAACGGCACCUACGCCAUCUCCGGGGGCAGGGCCCAUGCCAGCCCGGCAGACCUCUGCCAUUACCACUCCCAGGAACCCGAAGGCCUUGUCUGCCUCCUCAAGAAGCCCUUCAACCGGCCCCCGGGGGUACAGCCCAAGACUGGACCCUUUGAGGACCUGAAGGAGAACCUCAUCAGGGAAUAUGUGAAACAGACCUGGAACCUUCAGGGCCAGGCUCUGGAGCAAGCCAUCAUCAGUCAGAAGCCCCAACUGGAGAAGUUGAUCGCCACGACGGCUCAUGAGAAGAUGCCCUGGUUCCAUGGCAACAUCUCCAGAGACGAGUCAGAGCAGACGGUCCUCAUAGGGUCAAAGACCAACGGAAAAUUCCUGAUCAGGGCCAGAGACAACAACGGCUCCUUUGCACUGUGCCUGCUGCACGAAGGGAAGGUAUUACACUAUCGCAUCGACAGGGACAAGACCGGGAAGCUUUCCAUCCCCGAGGGGAAGAAGUUUGACACCCUCUGGCAGCUAGUGGAACAUUACUCUUACAAGCCAGAUGGGCUAUUAAGAGUCCUCACGGUACCAUGUCAAAAGAUUGGCGUGCAGAUGGGCCACCCAGGAAGUUCAAAUGCCCAUCCUGUGACUUGGUCACCAGGUGGAAUAAUCUCAAGAAUCAAAUCCUACUCCUUCCCAAAGCCUGGCCACAAAAAGCCUCCCCCACCCCAAGGGAGCCGUCCGGAGAGCACCGUGUCCUUCAAUCCCUAUGAGCCAACGGGAGGGGCCUGGGGCCCAGACAGAGGCCUUCAGAGAGAAGCCCUGCCCAUGGACACUGAGGUAUAUGAGAGUCCUUACGCUGACCCUGAAGAGAUCCGGCCCAAAGAGGUCUACCUGGACAGGAAACUGCUGACCCUGGAGGACAAUGAACUGGGCUCUGGCAACUUCGGGACUGUGAAAAAGGGAUACUACCAAAUGAAAAAAGUUGUAAAAACAGUGGCUGUGAAAAUCCUGAAGAAUGAGGCCAACGACCCGGCUCUGAAGGACGAGCUGCUGGCGGAGGCCAACGUCAUGCAGCAGCUGGACAACCCCUACAUUGUGCGCAUGAUCGGAAUCUGUGAGGCGGAGUCGUGGAUGCUGGUGAUGGAGAUGGCGGAGCUGGGGCCCCUCAACAAGUACCUGCAGCAGAACAGGCACAUCAAGGAUAAGAACAUCAUCGAGCUGGUUCACCAGGUUUCCAUGGGAAUGAAGUAUUUGGAGGAGAGCAAUUUUGUGCACAGAGAUCUGGCCGCGAGGAACGUGCUUCUGGUCACCCAGCACUACGCCAAGAUCAGUGACUUCGGUCUUUCCAAAGCCCUCCGUGCUGAUGAAAACUACUACAAGGCCCAGACCCACGGGAAGUGGCCGGUGAAGUGGUACGCCCCCGAAUGCAUCAACUACUUUAAGUUCUCCAGUAAGAGUGAUGUCUGGAGCUUCGGAGUCCUGAUGUGGGAAGCGUUCUCCUACGGGCAGAAGCCAUACAGAGGGAUGAAAGGGAGCGAAGUGACUGCCAUGCUGGAGAAAGGAGAGCGGAUGGGGUGCCCUCCAGGAUGCCCGAGAGAGAUGUACGACUUGAUGAACCUAUGCUGGACUUACGAUGUGGAGAACAGGCCAGGAUUCGCGGCUGUGGAACUGCGGCUUCGCAAUUACUACUACGACGUGGUUAACUAAGAGCUUGGGUGCCUGUCCGCGGCCACCUCGAAUUCUCAAGCGAUCGCAGGAAAUUUAUUCAGAUGAACUGGCUCUCAGAGUUUCAUCUCCCUCUGCCCAGAGGGAGAGCUAACCAAGCAAAGCUAGGAACUCACUCUCGCAACAGUUCUGGUCCCAAAAGACAGACAAGCAGCAAGCCCGCGGGACCUGAGGACUUGUCUGUCUGGCUUUUGUUUCCAUCUGUGUGGUUUUCGUCUUGGGUCACGUUCCGGGAACCAUUUCCAAAUUCGCUUGACGUCAUUCCGUUGCUCUGGGGCCAGGAUUUCAGUGUCGCCCCCUGCAGGUCAGAAAGAGAAGUGCUUCGCCAUUUCAGCAAAGGACUGAGAGAAACCUCACCAAUGCCGUUGGCAAGGCGGAAGACGGUUAAGGAAAAUGACAGACUCAGGCACUGCUUUUGCUCUCAGCACUGAGACUGAAACACCACGUGAAUGGGAUGCUGAGACAUGCUGGCUUGGCUUGCACGCCCCUGGAGUCCGCCUCCUUGUAGAAUGACUUGAAGUCCGCUGUUGUGUGCUUACAGGAGGAGGCGUGAAUAGCAUUCUGCAUGAAGGCUGCCAGGCAGGGUGGGCUCCCAUGAUCCUCUGCGACUGAGCCAAGUGUAUCAGGCAUGGGUCAGAGUCCCUUUCUCUGCAGAAGGAAUGAAUGCAUCCAGGACUCCUUGUUGCGGCCACAAUACCUGACCAGCAACCUCAGGGAGGAAACGCUUGUUUGGGCUCACAGGCCAUCAUGGUGGCAAAGACUUUACAACAGGCAGGAAAGACUUGAGGGCAUGAACAAGAAGCUGUAAGGUCACGUGGUAUCCACACUGAGGAAGCGAAGAAUGAACAGGAAGUAGGACCAGGCUAUAAGGCCCCAAAGCCCACCCACCCCACCCCACCCCCCAUCCCCCACCCCCCGUGACCCACUUUCCUUCAGCAAGACCCCACUUCCCAAAGGUUCCACAGGUCUCUCAGACAGUGAAUGCCAACAGCUGGGGACCAAGUGUUCAAAUAUACGAGCCUCUGUGGGGAGCCUUUCACAUUCAAACUGCAAGAGGUUCCAUCCAUUUUCUGAUGCUAUGACUGAACACCUAGAUAGGGUGGUGUACAAAGAGAAGCAAUGUAUCUCUUAGCUGUACAUCCCUCUCCAAGGGUCGGAACUGCCCCCAGUGAGAUGCAGUGCCAGGCAGCAGCCUUCCUGAAUGUCACAGGGUGAUAUCCCGACAGAGGGGGGAAGCCUUCUCAGGUGUGUCCUUCUCUUAUGAGCCCCUGAUACCGUCCCAGAGCCUCCUCAGGACCCCACUUCUUCUUAACCAUCCCCCAAGGUCCCAUCUCCAAACACCAUGCUGUGAACCUAGGCACUAAGUCUUCAACACAUGAGCCCUGAGGGGACACAUUCAUACUAGAGCAGACGGCAACACAGUGACCAGGACCACCUCAGGAUGAGCUCGCGGAUGGAAUUUUAAUUCAGAAUAAAACCAGAGAGGUGACCUUCCCCACAAGUAAGCCUUGCUAAGUGUGACUUUGAGCUCUAUCCUCCUGACUUGCAUAAGGUUCGGCUAACUACCGACCACACACCAAGUGUCACCUGUCCAUAGCACAGUUGCUGAGGACAUAAAAGUUACAAAGGCUGCAUAGCCUUCCGUCUAGGUCUAGGGGAAUGUACAAAGGAAGCAUCUCAUCCUCACCCCUGAGACACUGACAAACACAGCCAGGGACGGCAUGGGAGGCCCCACUGGCGGCGGGUUCGAUGAACAGAGCCGGUGAAAUGGGUUCCCCUCUUUAGACCAGUAGUUCUCAACCGAGACCCUCCAGUACAGUUCCUAGUGCUGUGAUGACCCCCAAUCAUCAAGUUACUUUGUGGCUACUUCAUAACUGUAAUUUUGCUACUGUUAUGAAUCAUAGUGUGAAUAUCUGUUGAUAUGCAGGAUAUGCAAUGUGCAUCCCCCAAGGAGGGCACACCCACAGGUUGGGAACCACUGCCUUUGAUAUGGAGGCGCUACACUUAGAAGCUAUGGGUGUGUCUUGGAACUGUGCUAGUAGGUCAGUCGCCCUGUUGGGGGCGAGAUCCCUGUGUGUUGCUGGCUGAGUGGGCCUGCAGAACACCUCCUUGGUGAGGAAAUCCCGUGGGUCACUGCCUGAUUGAGUCAAGGGAGGAAGAGACACUGUGUUGGUUAUGGAGACAGGACCGUCUAGUCUGAGGAAGAAGCUCUCUGCUGAGCUCCUGGCCUACCUUCCCCUGUCCUCAGGGUAGGGCUAUUAAAAGGCCACCUUGAAGGUCUGGGGGUGGUUGUGCGAGAACCCUAUGGAGGCCUCUGUCUUUUUCCAGUCUUGUUUGCUUUCUGGCCUCUCUAGUAGUGCCUCUCCUUUCCAGGGGGUUGGGACUGACCAUUCGUUAUCGGGAUGUGACCAAGCAGAACGGAGGGAGACACGGCUUUGUCUCCCUUCAGAAGGUCGAAACUGGCUCCUGGACGCAGAAGUCAUGUGUGGCUAUUGUCCAGGGCUCUCAUCUGUUGAAAACUGUGUCUUGCUGUCAAGAUUAAUUCUCUCCCCUGGGGCCACAGAGGAGGGCGGAUGGAGAGAGGAUCCUCCCUGGAGGGUUUAGAUUCUGAAUGCACCAUAAAUUUGCAAGGUCGGAAACAAGGUCCUUCUCAGGCGUCUAUACUUGGCCUAGGUCUGCUCACAAGCUGCCUCUGGUGCUCCGAAUCCCUUCUGCCUGGCCGCUGGGCUCACUGUGUGCCUUCACCUAUGACCCUUUAAUCAGCAGAGCACACGGAGCACCUAAUCUGCCUCGCCACAUCCCACUGACCUCGCCACACCACAUACCUCAUGCAGAACCGAAUGUCUCUCCAGUAAACGCCCAAGCCAGCCAUUCAUAAAAACCUGUCUCUGUGUGCACUGGAACAUGUCCUCCCUGUACCCAAACCCACUUUGUGUGCCAGACAGUGACUCCACAGGGACGCCAGGCCUGUGAUCGCAUUGCUCGUUGCAGAGGGAAGCCCCGGGUUGUCCGUCUCAGGGAUUACUCCCACCCAGAGCAGCACACAGUGUUCCCCUGUUAUUUCAGAAAUUAUUUUUAAUAAAGAUCUACUAUUA